AUGUUUGGAACAAUUAAGAGCUGGUUCCAGGGGGCUGAACCUAUUAAUGAGAAUAAGUGGGACGCCAACACCGUCACCAUGCAACAACCCAAUAGCCCUGCUGCUCCUUCAAUGAGCCAGACCGUCACUGAACAGCCGGGUGGCGUUGAAUCCAUGGGUGUGCACAUGCGGGGUGGUGAUGGUGGCGAUAUUUGCUGUGGAAUGUGA